CAGCGCAACAAGACCGGAUCGAGCUCGAAUGGCAGAUUCAUCGGAAUAUAAGAUGCAAAAGACGACACUCAGGAUUGAUGUUAAAGCUAGUCGCCAGGAAGCAAAACCAAAACUCCAAGUAUCAGUCAACGCCCUGAAACUAGACCUGACGGCCCUUGAGGAAAAACUAGAGGGCCUGCAGCAAGCUAUUAGUGUACAUGCGGGUGGAGUCGUCCGCUUGGAAGGUCUUGAGGUUUCAUUAUUGGCAACCUUUGUUGUGGCGCCCUCUGUGUCGGCCGAGGAUGUUGUGAAGUACCAGAUGAAGCUCACCUGUGGUGAGGACUACCCAGCUGAACCGCCAUCGGUCGACUGGCAGGACUGUCCAGUGGAACCCAAGCCCAACCUCAAGCAUAUUCCAUCAACAACAAACUGGAAUGUCAAGAAGUCCAAACCACAGCUGGCAGAUGUACUAACUGAUCUGAAAAAUGUGAUCGUGGAAGAUCACGGAACAAAGAAAAAGGCCUCAAAAGGCAAGAAGAAUUCCGCAAAGGAUUCAAAGGCCAAGAAGAAAUCCAACAGCGAUGGUGGGGAAUGAAAUCAGAUUUCGACUUGUGUUUGUGCCUCCUCAACAUUGGUCAGGAUCCGGCCCCAGCAUAUAAUCCUCCUGCGAUAUAAUAUAUUUAUAAUUAAUUUCGUCAGCUCCAUCAUUUUUUUGUAAUAAUUUACGCAAGGAUUAAUUGGUAAGACUUAAUUUUAUAUAUGAUAUUAUUCUGGUCUGGUUA